AUGAUGCAGUUCACACCAAGCUCCGAAAAACAGCCCAGCACAGCCUCAGACUCGCACACCAUUACUCCAGCACCCAAGACCCAGCCCACAGAGCCAACCAACUACGCAGACCUCCUCCAGCUGUACCUGAAGAUCAAAACGGACGUCUCGUCCAAGUUCACCCUCCCCAAACAGGAGGAAACCACCGCACCGUGGGUCUUCCAGGCGCUGACGCUGCUUGAUCAUGCAGAGAACGCGGCCGAGGCUCAUCUGGAGCUUGUAGAGGCGCUAGAGAGCGAGAUUCGGGUUUUGCGGGAUCUGCGCGAUAGGAUGAAGGAGUCUGCUCCCUUCCACUCGGCGGUUGUUUCGGCGGAGAAUUUGAUGAAGGAUAAUCGGCAUGAUGAGGAGGGGGUGAGGAUCGUGCAGGAGAGGGUGAAGACCCUGGAGAGGCUCAGUAGUAUGGAUGCGGACGUGAUGUGGUAG